AUGUUAUCGGCUCCCGUUAAGUCGGCGAAGCGUAUCUCCUCCCUGUUCUCGCUGGGAUCGAAGGAUCGAGAGUCACAAUCUUCCCCUGUAUCUCCUGGGUUCCCAGAGACCGAGAAGCGACGGAGAAGCAGCUCAAGGCCGACGCGCCAUGUCUCAACGCCCAAUGCUGUAUUCUCCGAACCCCGAACUAUGCCCAGCCCACUAGACAUGGAAAGUCUACCCCCACCACCCUCCCUCAUGGCCGUCAACCAGGACCUGGCCAGCAGCGCCCCCAGUUCACCUGUCGGGCGACCACAAAGUCGGGGUCGGGAAAUGAGCAGACCGUCCAGCUCCGCUGGGCUCGCCAUCCCGGGGUCCAACCCCGAGUCUCGCCCAAGCACCCCGUCCAAGCGCAGAAGUUGGAUGCCCGGCAGGUCGCGCGCAAGCUCAAUCGACAAGCGCCCGACCCCUAUGCUGCCGGCUGCGUGGAUUGCCGGAUUGGACCAGAAAGUAGUCUAUGACCUUUCGCCCCUGUCGAGAGGAGAACAGAUCCCUGAACUGUGGAACGAACAGGGUGACACCUAUGUCUACCUCUUCCCCCAGAAUACCGGACGCUCCGCUUCGUUCAAGGUCGACUCUACCAUAUUCGCCGAAUCCCCCUCCCUCACCUACCUCGCCCGCGGCAGCGAUGGGAAAACGAACGGCAUCGAGCAGCAGACUCGAACCCUCUCGCUCUCCAACCCCAUGUCCCCGCCAUUGACACCGCAGGAUCGGCUGGAAGAUGACAAUGACAAUGAUAGCUCGGGAAGCCAGAGAAUGGCGUUCGAUGAUAGCCCCGAGGAAUUGCAGGAACUCCACCUCUACCUGCCCAUCCCGCUCAACUGCGACGUGUCGAACCCCCAGGCCCGCCUCACCCAGGAAGACACCGAGACGCUCCUUUUGUUCCGAAACCUGUUUGCCUUCCUUUUGGGUCAAUCUUUGAUCGCAUCCCCCAAGUCGGCAACACUCUUCUCCAUCUUCAUGGACGUGGCAGUCCUUUUGGCCCGUUUUGAAUUCUCGAACCUCGAUCAGUCCAACUUUGGUGAGACUGCAACCUCGAGUUUCAGCAACUACUGUGAAGAGCUCCGUUUGGCGGAUGUCCGCCGAAGCAGAGAGAAGACAAUCGAGGCCAUCGUUCUUGGUGAGCGUUUGCGCUACUACCCGCUAUAUGUGGAGGGCUUUGUCCACGGUGUUGGGAAGUUGGAUGAGCUGAAGCAGCUCCGAAGCCCCAAAUAUACCUUCAUUCACCCCAUCACGCAGAAACGCAUGGAGCGUGCCUUCAUUGACCUCGACACCCGUCUCCGCGGCCUCUACGGCAAGCUGGCCGAUUUCGACUUCCCCUCGGUGUUUUCCGGUUUCGCCAACUCGACGACCUCCGCCGAGAGCAAAGUCGUGCGGUUCAAGAACUGGAAGACCGGCUUCCACGAAUUCCGCCGCUUUACUAUUCAAUACUACAGACAAAAGUACGGCUCAUGGCCCCCCAAGGCUCGGUCCAAGAAGAACGAAUUCGAAGAGAAUGGUCUCAACCGUUCCCUCCUGCUCGAUCUGUACCACGACUUCACCGAUCUCUACGAUCUCAUGGUGGAUCGGACGUCUUUGACCACGCGCACGAUCGAUAUCUCGGGGGCAGGCAGCUCCACUCCCUCCGAAGAUCCCAAAGAAAUCACUGUCCGUGCCCUGCGCCACGUCCUGAGUGAAUACGACCGCAGCACUCCCCCCGUGCUUCCGCCCAUUCCAUUCGACAUUCCACAACUGCCUUCGCUGCAGCCCCUCCACAGGAAACCCCUGGACGCCAAGAAAGAGGCCAAGCAAAGCGGCAAGAAGCUCAAGAGCUCCGAUAUCAAUGCCGUGCUGAUGGAUUCCUACACCCGGGAGGCAAUGCGACCCACCCCCUUCAUUGAGAGCUUCAUGCAAUUCGAACGUCGCUCAGCCCAUGGCAAGAGCGUCAAUGACAUUCUUGACCUGCGUUGUGGUCAGUGGAUCUUCCUCUACGCCGUGAUUCAGUCCCUGCCCAUGCUGGUUGUCGACGUUCCCGAGGUCCACUACACCGACGGCGUCGAAUACUUCCUUUGCAUUGCCCCCCGUGGUGGUGCGCCCUGGAUCCAGAAUGACACCAAGACCGCUCGCAGUUGGUUCGGAGUCGCAGGUGGUGCUGGUGUCGUCAGCCUUCCGUCCGAUGUUGUCAUCAACGGAGUGGAAGGUGUAUAUCGCCGCAGUCACUGCUGGCAAGUCGCCGAGCAAUGGGCCGACGUAGGCGCCCUCCUCGAUCCCCCCAUGGUCGAAGACGCCGCCUACGACGACGAGGAGUCUUCCAUCUCAUCACCCUACCAGGGUCCACACUCUUCCGUUGGCUCCUCCUCCGAGCCACACCCCAACAUGGCCGCCCCCGGCGCCCUCUCCCCUCCUCCUCCCGCCAUCCCGCGCACCCGCUCACCGGGCGCCGCCCAGCGCUCCGAGCAACACCGUCACUCGUUCUACCCUGGUCUGGAAGCUCUCCCCUUGCCAGCAGGCAUCGCCCCUAUCGAGCCUCCCACUCGUCCGAUCAGCCGGUUCAACCCGAACAUGAGCUUCGACGACAUCUUGCGGGAGGUGCCGAAGAAGGACAAGAAGAAGAACUAA